AUGGCGAGCCAGUCGGAUCUCCAGCCUGGAGUCGAGGAGAUAGCCGCAUUCGUGGACGACAGCGUCUUCACUCAGUUGAGCGCGAAACUGGGGGACGCGAAGGAAGGCAACGAGGGAGCACUGGAGAAGAAGCCUCUUCGCAUCGAUAAGUAUUUGAAAAAAUAUCGCGACGCGGGGCUCCGGGUCUCUCAGCAAGAAUUUAAGGGAUGCUUGGAGGUGAAGAUCAGAAUCGUAUACGAGUACCCAGACGUGACGGUCGAUCUUGCGGAAACCAUUACGGUCAAGACGGUGAAAGACCUCAUGGCAAAGUUUGUUCCGGAAGACAACCCCCUCAUCACCAAGCUGGGUGAAGACGAAAUGAUUCGACUCUCGGAUGCGUUCACUAAAGUCACGUACGUCGGCAAGGCCCAAGACGACCUCGCAGAAUAUGCUGGAAAGA